AUGGAGGGGUUUGGUAAGAUGGACAGAGGUGUAGAGACAUCAGAGGGUGGUUGUAGUGAUUCAGGGUAUCUGGGUGGUUGUGAAAGGUCGAGUCACAGGGCACUGACAACAGAGAGUGGGCAUAUGUCAAUCGAACAUAUGGUUAGUCAAAGUAGUGAUGAUAAUGGUGGUGACAUGAUUGCACCGAGGAAAGAAGAUGUUAUGGGGAAAGAGUUUAAAACGAUAGAAUUAGCGGAAGAAUAUUAUAUGAGUUAUGCAAAGGGCAUUGGAUUUAGGGUGAGAAAAGACAAAUUGGUUCGAAAUUCGGAAUGGAGAGUAUGUAGGAGACGGUGGUGUUGUUCUAAAGAAGGUUUGAGAAAUGAGAAGUUUAAUGAUUGA